AUGUAUCCGCCGGAUGAGAUGUUGAAGGGGGCUGAUUUGGACAGGUUUGGUAUGGCGGUCAUGCUUGAGGGUAAAUUGACUCAUGAUGAGAAAGCCACAGACGACACUUACGGCGCGGCUGGUUUGCAUGACGACCUCGUGGUGACCUACAUGAAGGCCUCGAGGUUGACCAGAGUGGAGUCGAACACGGACGACAACGACUUACUGCCCACCAGCGUCCCUGCUAGCGCUUCCGGUGGCCUUCUAGACCAACCCCAGGACGAAGUCCUGAGGCACACUGAACCUCUUCAUCCCACAGUCGAUGAAUCCUUCCCCUCCUCUCAAAAAUUGUCGGAACCGAUUGCGAUCCAAACCGCUAGGGCCCAAUCCAUCGCGGCUCAAGCAACGUCGGACCAGCCCACUGAGCACCAACCCACUGCGGACCAACCUGCAGUGAGUGUGGUUAAUUCUAGUCCGGACAUGGAGCUAGAAUUACCGCCUGCACUGAAUUUACCACCUACCUUUAGUCUACCACCUGCCAUUGACCUCUCAUCUGUCAUUGAUCUACCGUCUGCCGUUGAUAUGCCGGCUGGCUCGAUUGUUUCGGUACUACCUGCAAACGGUAUUCUGGAAUUACCGGCACCGUUUCAGUCGGACUCCUGCGAGGUUCCGCAGAACUCUGCCGCUCCUGCAAUGCAUUCUCGGCAAGCCGUGAACAACGCCGCAAUCGAGGAGGAUCCAGCCGUAGAGGCGGAAAGUGGUCGACCCCUUCCAACUGAUGUCGCUGGAAGCUCAAAGGGUGUUGCAAGCAGUACCAGUGUGGUGUACAUGUGCAGUGCUGUUGAGGACACGGUACCACAGGGACAGCCUUGUGAGGAGUUAUCCAAGGAUCUUGCCCCAGGUGCAAUCAGUCCGCUGCCUGGUCAUAAUUCCGGUCAGGAGCGUGUACCGAGUCAAGAGCCUAUGACCGAGGACGUUGUUACCUGUGUACAUGUUCCAAAAGUGCCCGUGGUAGAAGUGCCCGUGGCGGAAGUGCCCGUGGUGGAAGUGCCCGUGGUGGAAGUGCCCGUGGUGGAAGUGCCCGUGGUGGAACUGCCCGUGGCGGAAGUGCCUGUGGUGGAAGUGCCCGUGGUGGAAGUGCCCGUGGUGCAAAUGCCCGUGGUGGAAGUGCCCGUGGCGGAAGUGUCCGUGGCGGAAGUGCCCGUGGCGGAAGUGCCAGUCGUGGAGCUAGAUGGCGUAGUGCAGGAGACUUUUUUGUUAGCCGCGGGCCCAAGUGGCAAGGGCGGUGCUGAGAUUGAGAAAGGUGUUAGGAUAGCGGACAGUCCUGAGAUCGUGGAUGGUUGUGAGAAAGCGGAUGGUGGUGACAUUAAGAAAGGUCCUGAAAUUGCAGACGGUGUUGAGAUUGGUCUUGAGACCGAGGGUCGUGAGACCGAGGGUCGUGAGGCCGAGGGUCGUGAGACCGAGGGUCGUGAGACCGAUGGUCGUGAGACCGAUGGUCGUGAGAUUGAUGGGCAUGGCUUGGACACGGUGGCUGGAGAUGUGGCAGGCGGAGAGACACCGUUGGUUGGGGGUGGGGAGGAGGACCCGGAGUCGGUGACGCCGUUUCCGGUGGCGAGACCGUUGGCAAGUGACGUGGAUGCGACGCCUAGUUCGUCGGAGGGCGGUGAAAGCAGCGCGGAUCAGAAGGCUGCGGCGGCCUUGAGUUCAUUGAACGUGUUGAAGGGGCAUGUGGGCAAGUUUUGCGCAGAGGCUACGCGCAUUUUGCGUCGACGACUGAACCGGAACACGGAGGAAGAGAAGCAUGCGUUGGGUUUGGUGAAGGAACUACAGCAGGCCAUGGAAAAGCCGGCUGCCGUUGUCUUCGGUGGGGGUUCGGAAGGUCGCAGCCGUGGCGGCGUCCCGUUGCCUUUAAUAGGUUCGUUGACAUGGGACAUUGUGGUGACAUUAAAGCGACAUGGGUCGGCUGAGCAGCUAGCUCGGGUUUUGUACGACCUGAUUUCUUCGGUUGCGGCACAUGUAGACUGUCCGGAGUUGGUUAAGUUGACGUUGCCGAUCCUGGUGGGUGCAAGUGUUCGUGACCGCAAGUAUUUGAAGUGCAUGAUGACGCUCAUGCACGGCCUCUAUCAAACAGAAAACGUUCGCGAACUAUACCAGUGUGAAAGCGCCCUGUAUGAGGUCCUGCUCACCCUUGCUACCACUCUCGACGAUAGCCAGAUGAACGAAAUCGCCUACGCCUGUUUCCGUUGCAGCUGUAACCUCCUCGCGCGCGAGCACACGUGUGUAUGUCCCAAAAGCACGCCGGCCGACCAGACUGCAGAACGCAGCCCCUCCAGUCCACCCCUCUCGACCCCUCCUGAAGAUACCGACGCCGGAUUUUCGGCUGCCGGCUCCAUUCCGCAGAUUCUGCCCGCAGACAUGGCUCUCGUGGAUGACGACGGCCAGGGGAACGAAAGCUGCGGCACACACGCCUGGAUCGCCCGAUUGAACCGGUUACUGGACGAGGUAAGGAGUGCUGUGGCGGACAAGGUAUCGCCCGACUACAACUACCCUCAGGAGCAGUUUGUGCAGGAACUGUUGCAGCAUAAGAAGGAACGUGUGGACGGGGCCAGAGUGCUCUGUGCAACUGACUGCAUUCUGGAGUUUGUCGACACACUGGAUCAGGGGCCCGCUACUACGCAAUGGCUGCUGCAGACCGGUUACCCCUGUAUUGCGGGUUGUCUGGAACUCCUCCUGCACAUCAAGGUACCACUGCCGCUGUACUUUAGACUCACCGCAUUGGGACUGAAAAUGGGCUUGGUCAACAACCAACUCCAAGCGAGACAGAUCUCCAGGUUCGCGAAUAAUCCCUUCGUAAAUAACCUGUUCGUAAGCAACUCGUUCGGUGCCGACUACACGCAGUCCGUCGUUGCUCUGUCCGUUCUGGCGGCUAGCGAGAACCCUCGCCGACAAAUCGGGGCCCUGGUGGCCGUUUUGCAAUUCCUCGCGCAACCGAAUAUCUUACUCCAAACCUUCUGCGAACCGACUACGGACCCGGCCGUGGCCAUGGCGACCUUGAGGGCUCUCGUCUCGGUCACUCGGAGCCUCAGAGACCUCGACUUCCCUGCGCUGCUAAGCAAGGCGAAAGCACCCCAAGGCACUACCUACUACCACUCCAACGUGUCUGCAGACUUCUUGCUGCCACCCACCAUGUCUCGAAACUCCCCGACAAUCGAUACGCGAAGAACGCUACACGAAACGGAGCAUGGAAGGGAACAAGAAGGGGAACAUGGAAGGGAACCGCAUGGACCAGAGCGGAGCACUGAACAUGGGACGGAGGACCCUGCUCGAGUAGAAGGCAGUGUGCGGGGUGAAGGUUCUGCCCGAGCAGGCAAUGAUUGUUGUCUAUUGGCAUUGACAAAGAGUAACUAUGCUAAGAGGUUUAAUGCUUACAUGAUUCGAAAUCCGAUGAGCAGCAUGGACCAAGCAGUCUUGGCUAUGUGGGGUUUAACGGACCACGAGGAGCUGGUUGGUUUAACGCUCGUAGACUUGGCUGUGGAAAUGUUUUUCAGUGUUUGUCGAAUGGUGCAGCUGUCCAGAGGUUUGCGGCAAGCUACCGGCUUUGCUUCCGAUUCUGUGGAGAGGUUGAUCGAGGAAGGUGUUCUGCUCGGUUUCCGAUUAUUGGAUAGUCUUGUUCCGGGAGAUUUGAGGGACCAAGUUGUGUGCGGUCUGAGUGUAAUUUGUGCAGGUGUAUCGGACUUGGGUCACGUAUUUGAUUCGGGAGUUAUUAGGCCGAACCGUCGAGAGUAUGGUGCUUUGGUUGUACGUAUUCUGGUUCAGUGUUCGCCAGAGCUGGCAGGUUCGAGUAUCUUUCCGUGGCUAUUAACAGACGUGGACACGGACACGGUUAUUCAGAACAUUUCAGCGAAAAAGACGGGUGAUUUAAGGAUGUUGUUGACUACUAACUGGGAACUAAAAGUAUGUGACCAGCCGUUGGUAGGGGAUGAACUGAUAUCGGGGUCGCGCAGUCGGCAGGUGGUACCACUCCUUAUUCGAGAAGACUUGCCUGCGUUAGAGAGCGGAACACCUGUCUGGGGGAUGGAGGACCCAGCGUUGUGUGUUACGAUUGCCUUCGUGCGAUGGAUCAAGGGGGGACCCUACUCCGCUCUCGUGAGCGUUCUGCUAGCGGCCUUUACAGUGGACUUGGAGGAAGGCCAGUUGGUGGAAACCCCCUUGUCUGAACCAAACAAAUUGCGCAUUAUUGAAGGCGCGGCGAGGAGUAUGUUAGUGCACCCCAAUCACGAGGAAGGUGUGGCCCUGAUCCAGCUCGUGGCGUACCUGUGCCGGGACGAACCUGAUGCUGUAGCUCUCCUCAUCGACCUUGUGUCGGACGCCAUCUGCAACGUGAUCCAGGACUCGGUUUUGGCCAUGGACUGUGUCAGUGUACUCAUCGCCAUAGCACGCCAAACUGGCACUCGAGACCCCGCGAUUCGUCUGGUGGAACAAUACUGUCGAUCACACUUGAUUCGGCCGUCCAUGUCUACUGCCUAUGCCGUCAGAGAUCUCCUGAGUUUGACGGACCACUCCGAACAAGACCACCCAACGGGUGGGAGAGAAAACGAAGCCCGAACGGGUGAAGGCGGAAUCAACCCCCUCAAAGCAAUAAACAUUGCCUGGCAAAUUACUGAGAAUCUAACGGAGCGCGACUACCCGGUUACGUUCCCGGUCGCCGGCGUCACAGUCGAGUUGUGUGACUGUACCGAAUACCAGUUGGUUUUGAUUUCACACGACCGCUGUCUGCCUAACAAGGGACUUCCCUGGCCGGUGGACUGUCGUCUGACGGCCUGCCGAGCCUGUCCAGACGUGCUAGCCGUCGUUGCCGACGGCUUGGUUUCCAUUUGUAUGAAUGAGUCCGCAGUAGUCCGACUUAGCGGACUCAAGACGUUCAGUGCGCUCCUCGGGACGUCCCCCAGCGCGGUGCUGUACGCUAGUUACUACUCCUCCAUCCUCGAACGGUGUAGAGAAGACCUCUAUAGUGCACUUGCCGCUGCUCUCGUCCCGCUCUCCGUUUCGGCGUUCCCGAAAAUCGUUAACCCGGUGGAAGAAAUUUUGGAGUACGCAAUCGACAAUGCUCCCACUGCGCUGCAAAAACAAGCCCUUGAGAUCGGAGUUCUCUAUGGACGCGACCUUUGCGGACGUUACUACGGAGACGUGCUCCAGGUGCUGGAAGUGGCGGUCAACGGCGACAAGUCCGUGCCCGAAAUCGAAUUAAAACGAUUCCUUGAACUCGUGCUCAAACAAAAGGUCCGUGCCCUUACCAAAUGCUUGCUAUGGCUAAUUAAACUCAGCAGCAUCACUGUUGAUCCAGCGGAUGGUAACCGUCAGACGGAUAGUAUUCAGCUAAUACAAAUGUUUGCAAGCUAUAUGAACCUGUUAGGCGACAAGAAAAAGGAGUUCGAAGCGGUGAUCGAGGCCUCCCCGGCACUGUUAAAGACGGAGAUCUGGUUGGCGGGGUGUGAGUUACUAGAUUUGUGUCUAGCGGAUACGAUUGCAGAUACUUUAUUAAAGUUGGGCAACGAGUUGACAGGUGAUGUCUCGAGUCCGGAUGUUAGUGACGGUGUGAUCGUCGUGAAGCCAUUGGCACCACCGAGUAACCCGAUUUCUGCUAAGAUGGUCGCCUUUACGUUUGCCUUAUCCCUUAUUUUGUUAGACGUCGACCCGUCGGAGAUUUUGAUCUCAACGUUCAUUAACAUAAAACUGCCGACGAUCCACGAACUCUCUACCUUGUAUGCACAAUGUUUACCGGUAAAUCAGAUCUUACAAGACUUGCCUGCUCCACAGGGCAUCUGUGACGAACUGUUGGCAGUGACCCAAUACCCUGAUGCCGGCAAAUUACUCACUGAAAACAUCAGCACCACUCCCGACGACCUGGAUAGCUUCAUCCACCUCGAAGGAUUGCGUGGCUUGUCCAUGCUCCGCUCACGAAAUCUCAUGUCUCACCCGCUACUCGCCCUCCUUUCCUUCCUUACUAGCACCAGAUGGCACGCAAUACUCGAAACCACUCCUCCGCUUGCUGCGGCCGUCAGCGCCCUCUAUACCAAGUGGCUAGCCACCCACCGCAACUGGAACGUCCUCAUCAACGUCGUCGUCUUCCAAGCUGUCAUCGCCAGCUACUUCAGAAAACAAACAGUCUACUCCAACCAAAUCGACGACCGUGAACCAAACACGAACCCACGACACCAAAUGCAGGAGGUCCAGUGGUCAGACGAUGUCGUCACCAACUUGAUGAAGGCCCAUAGUGCUUUGACGGACAAGCUAAACCUCGUCUCCUACCACGAACGCUGCCGACAAUUCGCCGCCUUGGUUGAACUCAACACUGUCAGGAACUUGGUCGUUGCCGCUCGGAAACUGCUAGCAAAUAACUACGCUCUAUCUGGACACAAACUCCUUCAUUACACUUGGGAAGUCUGCGAAGCACGAAUCCAGAAGGCACCGCAUGUUCGACCCUGGUAUCGACUGCUAGCUCUAUACAUUAUUCCGACGUGCCUAAACCAAGAUUGCACACAUCCGCUAGCCAACAAUAUAGUAAGUCCCUCUGCUGGCGGUAGUCCCUCUGCUGGCGGUUAA